AUGGAUAACUUGCAACAGCUCUCUGCAGAGAUCCACGACCUUUUAAGGUCUAGUAAAUAUCAUUCACAACGACUUCAGCAUACAUCAUCCGCGACAAUGAAUACAAUCCACAAAUUUUUGGUGUCACGGAACAAAGGAUGGCGUAAAGGUGGUGCUCAGGUACAACCUGUCGAUGCUUGCAAACAAAUCAAGCCACCACCACCAACAUCACAAAGUGCCAACCAUGAGCUAUCAGACAUACCAUCAUCCAACCAUGGGGAUGAGAGUGAGCUUUCAUCCAUGUUAUCAGAAAAAGGGGAUUCAUCAAGCAGUGAGCAUCAUGAAGAUGCCUUACAACAACAACAUGCAAGCACAGAAACAGAUGCCACCACCAUCACUGGUACAGCAACAUGCCUAACACCAAGCUACACAGCGCCCCACAUAAAACAGCAGCAACAGCGUGAUGAGGAAGAAGAAAAGUCAUCGUUGUCAUCAACAGGCACACUUACAUUGCUUGAAAAUCCUCCAGCAAAGUCGUCUUGGCGAUUGUUGCAUCAACAUCAAGGCCUUCGAAGAGCCGUAACUUGGAUUGGACAACCCCUUAACAAGAUACUACGCAUGGGUGCUGAUGCCGCUGCUCUUGAUGUUGCCCUUAACCUUGAUCGUUUCAUUGUCUAUGAUGCCAACAAGAGUCACUUGCAACCAUCGAGAUCUGCAACUUAUACAGCACGACAACUCCACUGCAGGGUACUUCAAAUUACGAAUUUCACGUCUUCACGUGGUAAGUAUGUGGAGGCAGCUGACGGACGUAUACUAAUAGGCUAUGUAUGUAAAGAAUACCAAUACGAGUUAGCUGUGCAACUCAAUGGCGAGGUGAUCCAUACCAUUACAGGGUUGACCAAAAAGGUGACGAAGGGCGUGAGUGCUGCAAGUCCACAACAAACGUUUACAUUUAUGGCUGAUGGGCCUUUUGAAUUGAACCUUGUUUUAAUGGGACGUCCCGUUAUACCAACAAGCCUUGCAGAUGGCAUUGCACGCGUACGAAAUGCAUGUAGUAGCAAUAACCACCAUCACGUGCCACGUCAAAUGCCUAUUCUUGGAUCCAAACAAUUACUCUCUGGUGAUUCGUUGGAUGCUUUUGUGUCCCAAGGGAUUUGCCGUUACACACUCACACCGCCAUUAUGUGCGUCUGCCGAUCAUGCCAAUAUGGAAGUGAUGCUUAUGUUUCGCCUCGAUCAUGAAGAAUCAUCAGAGCAUCAUCAUCAACAAAGCUUGUAUUCCAAUGCAAGUCUUCCUUUGACAGCUACUACAACAGCCAUGGCGGAUGAUACAGCAAGUGAUGCCUAUAGCAUCACACUACACGAUGCUCUUGAACAUUGCAGGCGAGGUGAUUCAUUGACUUUUUACGUGAGAGGACAAGGUCAUCCUGAAAAGCCUGUGGAUACCAUCCCACUGGAAUACAUGCGCUUUGCAACACGGCCUACAAGCGAUGAUCAAGAACGCGUCUAUAUGAGCUCAUGCUGUGGCAUCGUGUUGCAAUUUGAUCGCAACAGUGCUACGUUUGUUGAACCGGCACGAUUGGAUGAUAGCGAAGUGUUGGGUGGCAAAAUUUACUUUUAUGCCGAUAGUGAUGCUUGGGCGGCAUGUUGGCGACAUGCCCUUGCAUUACAAGCCAAACCUGGUGUGAUGUUGAAAAAAGACCAUCAACGUCGAGAUGGACGUGUCAAUUUACGUUACAUGUGGUGA